AUGAGCACGUUUUACGAGAAUUGGUCUGGGAGCAGCAAGGAGCGAAGGCGGUGGAUACUCGCCAGGCUCGCCACCCUGUCCGACUCGUCCAAGUCCAAGAUCAGGGUGAAGACCAUCUUCAUCGAGGUGACGCUGACGAAACCCGACCUGGUGGACAACAUCUUGGAGCAGAAACUGGACAGGGACGUCCGAGAGGGUCGGCUGCGGAAUUCGCGCGAUCGAGACACCGCGGCGACGGAGUGGAAAGAUCGCGUCAACGACUAUCGCAAGCUGUACGUGACGCUGCAGGAGGACGGCAGCGAGGACGACCUGUCGUACAUCAAGCUCAUAAACUACGGCGAGAGGGUGCUCACGAAUCGCAUGCGCGCGUAUCUGCCGCAGCGAAUCGUGCAGUUCCUCACCGCCACGCAUCCCACGAAGCACACAAUCUACCUGUGCAGGCACGGCCAGAGCGAGUACAACACCACCGGGCGGCUGGGCGGUAACUCGCCGAUAACGGAGCGCGGGUGGGUGUUCGCGGAGAUCCUCGCGAGAUUCGCCGCGGAGCACGGGGCGUCCGUUCCGUCCAGGCUGUGGACCUCCUCCAUGUUACGCACCAUCCAGACCGCCGCGCUCAUCCCGCACCCGGUGCUCAAGCUCCCGGACGGGGGAAACUGGGAGAGCAUGUCGCCGCGGGUGUAUCGUAACAUCGACGAAAUAUUCGCCGGGGACUGCGAGGGGAUGACCCCGGACGAGGUCGCGGUGGCGCACCCGCAGGCGACGACGCUGCGGAAGAUGGACAAGAUCGGGUACCGGUACCCCCGCGGCGAGUCGUACUUCGACCUCAUAUCGCGGAUCGAGCCGUGCAUCCAGGAGAUGGAGAGCUACACCGAGCCGCUGCUCAUCGUGUCGCACCAGGCGAUCCUUCGGUGCAUAUUCGCGUACCUCACGGGCGUCGACAGGGAGUCCGCGCCCGGGAUGGAGACGCAGAUACAGCAGAACGUGGUGUACCAGAUCGACCUGGACGCGAGCAGCGAGGGGAAGAUCACGGGAGAUCCCAACCACCCGCCCGCCUUCGUCACGGUGCACGAUUUUCGAGAUGAGGUGGAGGCGAGGAUGAAUGAGCGACGAGCGUCGGGCGGGAGCGGGUACUACCCGCAGGGGCGAUGA